UCGGUUCUCUCUGGAUGUGAAGUAACGGGAGCGAGCAGCUGAUCGUCGCUGACCUCUCCCAUCUCCGCGCGCGCUUCUCCCGCAUCCCGCUGCCCUCAUCCACAAAAUGGCGGACAUGAUGGAGCUGGGACCCGCCUACGCCAUGUCUCCGGUGCUGGCCGGCUUCCUGGGAGCCGGUGUCCUGGUGCUGGUCGUGGUAGUUCUGGUUCUGCUCUGGACGUUCUGUCAGCGCCGUUACCUGCACGUGUCCGGACGCUACAAGCUGCACGGCGACCGCUACUGCGACGCCGAAGACCCGCCCUACAAGUUCAUCCACAUGCUGAAGGGCAUCAGCAUUUACCCAGAAUCCCUCAGCGGCAGCAAGAGGAUCGUGCGCGGCAUCCGUCGGGCAGACCGCUCUGACCGUGAUGCCGCCCCCCCCGCGGGGAGAGGCAUGGUGCUGGUGGACGCCGAGAACAACAUCCUGGACGUGCCAGGGCAGCUCCAAAUGAGUCACCUGGUUCCCCCUGCCGGCCAGGGCGCCACCCACGGUCAGGCCCGGCUGGAGCGGGCGCUUCCGGUCCGCGCCGACUACUGCUGCCUGGACAGCAGCUCGGCCAGCAGCAGCCAGACCAGCAGCAAGACGGCAUCCCCCUUCACCCCCGCCUCCUCGGAUCCAGAACCAGAGCCCAGCCUGGGCUGCGUUAGCCUCACCGUCGACUACAACUUCCCCAAGAAAGCCCUGGUGGUGACGGUCGUCGGGGCGCGGGGCCUCCCCGCCAUGGACGAGCAGGCGGGUAGCUCGGACCCGUACGUGAAGAUGACCAUCCUGCCGGAGAAGAAGCACCGCGUCAAGACCCGCGUGCUGAGGAAAACCCUGGACCCGCUGUUCGACGAGACCUUCACCUUCUACGGCGUGGCCUACAGCUCGCUGUCCGAGCUCACGUUGCACUUCCUGGUCCUAAGCUUCGACCGCUUCGCCCGCGACGACGUCAUCGGGGAGGCGGUGGUGCCGCUAAAGGGCGUCGACCCGAGCACGGGCCGAGUCCACCUGAGCCAACAGAUCACCAAGAGGAACAUGCAGUGUGACAGUCGCGGAGAGCUGCUGGCGUCUCUGUCCUAUCAGCCCGUGUCCCAUCGCCUCAGCGUGGUCGUCCUGAAGGCUCGACACCUUCCUAAGAUGGACAUGACGGGACUGUCAGCCAAUCCCUACGUGAAGGUGAACGUCUUCUAUGGACGCAAGCGCAUCGCCAAGAAGAAGACGCACGUGAAGAAGUGCACGCUGAACCCCGUCUUCAACGAGUCCUUCAUCUACGACAUCCCGCCCGAGCUGCUGCCGGAGAUCUCUGUGGAGUUCCUGGUGGUCGACUUCGACCGGACCACGAAGAACGAGGUGCUUGGCCGCCUGCUGCUGGGCCUGCACAGCCCCGCCUCCUCCGGAGCCUCCCACUGGAGAGAGGUGUGUGAAAAUCCCCGCAGGCAGAUCUCCAAAUGGCAUAACCUGAGCGAGUACUGAGGGGGCGGAGCUUCAGAGAACCAGCUGACGCCAGCGGCCGACUGGGACUCGACCAGUGAAAAGCACUGGAAAUAUAGACUCAGUGUACAGUACACACACACACACACACACACACACACACACAAACACACACAACUACAAUACAAAUAUACACAUAUACACACACACACACACACACAA